AUUAUCCUGCUUUAUUAGGCUAAAUAAACAAGGAUAAACGAAACCUUGCGACAUCUCUUCGGAACAUCCUUUUUUAUUAGUGGCUAUUUCGUCUGAACAUUUCAGGAAAAAAAAAAGUUCUUUUCUGUUUUAAUCAACGAAAAGUCGUUGUACUCAAACAUACAUGAAAAUCCCAUCUACCGUGACUGUUGUUUUUAACUGAGCUAAACUACUUUAUCCUUAUUCAAGUCAUGAAAUGUUUUGUUAAGGCUCAUUUAACAUUGGGAUUUUUAUUGCUUUUAUUCCGGAUCGCUAAAAGUGACAACAGUGAUGAAGAUGAUAAAGAGGAAGAAGAAUUUGGUGGAGUAAACAUAAAAGUGUUCAGGGGACCUUCGAAGAAAAAUGGAAACGAGUCAUUUGCACCUUUUGGGUACCACGUGAAAAUGCCACCUAUACAUUCAUCCAAGUCUCUGAAAAAGAAAGUUGUCAAUGAUCAAGAUGAUCAAGAAAAACCUUUUGAUUUCAAUUCCAAUGAGGACGAGCCAUUUGACUUUUCCAGUCAUGAGAGUGACCUAAAAAAAGAAACAAGUGAUGAACAAGAUCAGAAUGAAGAACAGUUUGGUUUUAAUAGUAAUGAGCAUGAUAAAGACGAGAAAGAUCUUAGUAAAGAACAUGAAAAAGAUGAUGAUGAUUUUAGUGGAGAACACCAUGAACCUAAUGCACACAACAAACCAUUUGAUGGAAGCGAAGAAGGCGGUGACAGCAAUGAAGAACUCGAUUUUGAAAAUCAAGAACGUAGUAAUAGAUACAAUCAUUUUCAUAAUUAUAAUAAAGACAACCAUCCUAAGCCACGCCAUCACGAUUAUCUAAAUGUGUAUAAUAAUGAUCGUGAUCAUCGCUCUAAGCCACUCAACUAUGUCAGCAAAAAUUACGAUCAUCACAAUUUAGAUCAAAAUGUUCCCUUCGUUGGUGAAAGUACCAAUCACAUUAAAAAGAAAUUUAACGAUUUCAAUAUUCGCCCUGAUGGUGUGUUUGGUAGAAUGCCUUCACAUUCCGUUGGUGAAAGUCACGAUCGGUACAAAAAGUCAGAUGGAAGCAUUAUACCUUCAAGUACGACUAAUAGAUACUAUAAUAAAUAUGAACACACUAUUCCUACUGACUCUACUUUAAAAUACUACAAUCAAGACAGAGAAUACAAAAGUGGUAUAUUACCUGCAGCAAUACCCGCUAAAAACUACAAUUAUAAUCAUUAUAAAGAAUAUCGUAGGAGCCUUUCACGUUAAACAUUUCAACUGAUAAAGCGAAUUCAAUGUUAGCUCUUACAUCAUGACAGCAGUACACAUAACUAAAAGAAACUUCGAUGUACAUACCAAACUGUGCUAUUCGAUUUUUGCGAUAGUGAAGAUCGUAGUUAAGAUAAUUGAAAAAUUCGUCUAGAAUUUCCAGUCUAGUUCGCUAAUAAAGAAAAACAUUUGAUCAAAGAACGAGUUUGGAAUAAUGGAACGUUUGAUUCACUCAAUAAGCAGAAAAAUCCAUUUGAAAAUCAGAAUAUGGUCAUUGAUCUUAUCGUUCUUCCAAAAUAAGAUAUUUUUGUAAUGAGCCCAUAUAUUUCUCUGAAAAAAAGCAUUUUCAAUAUAACGAACAGUUAAGCUUAUAUAAUAAGGAAAAGAGUUAUAUAAUUACAGCAAUAAAGAACAAUAAUUAUAAAAAUUUAUACAACUAUAAUCAUGAGACUAAAGAAUUUACAAGUCCAAGGCAGAAAUGUUUUAUGAUGCAUAUUUCACGUUUUUUGAGUGACUUAAUUAUUAAGAAAUAUAUAUAUAUAUAUAUAUAUGGUAUUCCAUAAUGACCUCCCUUAUUAUGCGUAUUUUUAAAACUCUUUUUAAAAAAUUAAAUUAAAAAAAUACACACGCAUGGAAUUACAAAUUAAUAUUUAAGCAAAAUGAAACAAUAAUGAAGCAAAAGCAUGAAUUGUUGAAUUUCGAGCAAAUGAAGUUGAUAUGAAAAACAUUCAAACCUGUUUGAUUGCCUGAUGAAACACGGAGGGCUUUUUAAAAAUCGUCUUUCAACUUUUCUCUGUUUUUUUUCUGAUAAUUAAAUUGUUUUGUGUGCUUUUAGUCCCGCCUUCCUCAGUACUGAUACGUAUGAUAAUAACUUUUUUUUUCUGUACAAAUAUUAAUUUUGACCCUAAUGCUGAUAUUUUUUUAACAUAAUUUGAAAAGUAUUUUUAAAAUACCCAUUAAUAGGUAUCAUUGCAGUGGGUAGUUCGAUGCAUAAUUUCUUUUUUAAUGUUUAGUUAUUGUUUUAUUGCUAAUAUGACUCUUUAUCCACGACUACGAAAUUAAUCCCAAUAUUUAAAAUAAAAUGUACUGUUAACAGCAUGAUGCAGAAUUCGUAAAAUACUUCAGUUGGUUGAGUUAACAAAGGUUAAUAUUGUAGCACAACUAUUUAAGGGAGUUAAUGCCUGUAAUUGCCAUCUUGUUUUUGUUAUCAUUUAAUACUGAAAUUGUAUACUGUUAUUAUUUGAUAUUUUAAUAAAUUAUAUUUAUUUUGGA